GAUUAACGAUUUACGUGCAGUAGCGGGGCAACAUUGGGGCUCGUGGAUAUGCUGAAGAUAUCUAUCCUUAGGACGUCAAUGUAACCUCAACAAUGCCGACCGUGGAUAUUCUAUCCCGCAUCAUUAUUGCAACCAAAAGAUCAAGAAAGGGAAUCCGCAAUAGCAUUCCCGGAAAUAGAUUUAUGGUUAUCGCACGAAUCUCGGAGGGAAGGAAACUUCCCACGGUAGUGCGAUUCCAAUACUACGUGGGGGAUGAAAUUGUUUGUACUCGGCCUCCCAUCAUUAUUGUAUCAGUCAGUACUCACUCAAGGUACAUCAUCGUAUCGCCAUCGAAUCGCUCACAUCUGCGAGCUGUUUCGAAUGAACAAAAUUCUAGAACAACUGACUAAAAGUUGGUAUCUGAAACCACCCAUUUUGCCCCUCCAUGUUACGUCCAACAUCUCCACUAUCUGACUGCCAACACCACGUUUUAACCACGAAAGCUAAUCUCUGUGUCACUAUCCCAUCACGAUAUGGAUCCUUUAUCGCGCCAAUAGUCAUUGCUUCUAGAAAUGUAAUUUUUGCCUAUGAUCGCGAGUGUGUCUGUUGGGUCUUAUUUUGAGGCGUGGCGCAGCCGCAGCGUUUGCAGCUCAUCCAUCCAGUGAUGAUGACUCGCUUCAACAUCCGACAGGAUUAACCGGAUUUGAUGACCUCUCGCAUCAGCUUCGUACAGGAGCCACAUUUACAACCAUAGAAUCUGACUUGCAUCUUGCAUGAUGCCAUUUUCUUUCUGAGCAAUACGUCCCCGGGAGGCUCCUCUGUAUCUUCGUCAGAAAAGAAAAUCCUUCAAGAUGGUGUGGUGCAGUGGGGGUGAAGAUACAUAGCCAUACCAGAAGCUAUUUGAGGAUCCACACAUCGUAGGAUAAAUAACAUGGUGGCUUUCAGUGAAGAAACCUUGGAUCCGAUCAGAUACUAAUGAUGAAGUUAAAUACUCAAUAAGUCAGCGUCGAUAUUUAGAUGUUCGAUAGCUUGUCUACAUCUGUUCUUGUUGUACCCAGUUCGCAUUCCAUAAUCUCUCUUACUCUAUCAAAAUACUGUGUCUUUCGAAAUCCACAGAUCUUGCACCUUUUGGUAUUCAGCCGCAGCAAAUAUGUACACAUCGUUGCCUGGAAGUAGAAAUUCCAAGACAAAUCUACCGCCUAAUAUUUCGGCUCCGGAAGAAUAUACGUCACAGUAUGGACGCACAACCUCGCCAGAACGAUCACUUAUUGAAAAUGAAGAAUCGACGACUACUUUAAGUCCCUCGCCAGGGAUUUUGUCUCCCGACUCAGGAAGCAUCGACUUGGAAAAAUCUGAUUUGCCAAUUGAGCCCGAAUCGAAGAACAGAGGAUGGAGAUUCUACGGAAGUUUUGCUUGUUUGGCAAUCCUCAACCUCGUUUGUGCUAUUGAUGCCACAAUUCUUUCUGUGGCUUUACCUACGAUUGCAACAAGCUUACACGCCACUGCAAUGCAAGCUUUCUGGUGCGGUACAUCAUUCCUUCUAUGCUCUACAGUCUUUCAGCCUACAUGGGCAGCUUUCUCGCACAUCAUCGGCCGGAAAUCAGUACUUCUGACUGCUCUAUUUCUCUUCUCGGUUGGCACAAUUCUUUGCUCCGUCGCCAAGAACAUUGAGCUCCUCUUGGUAGGUAGAUGCAUUCAAGGUAUUGGAGGAGGAGGCCUUGUAGGUUUGACUUAUGUCCUUCUUGCUGAUAUGGUUACCCUCCGUGAGCGCGGUAAAUGGAUGUCGAUAAUAUCUCUUCAAUGGGCCAUUGGUUCCGUUAUUGCCCCAGUUAUCGGUGGUGCUUUUGCAGAAAAGGUCACAUGGAGAUGGAUCUUUUGGCUGAACAUCCCCUUUUGCGUUGUCAGUGCUAUUGGUAUCCCCAUAUGUCUGAAACUGAACAUUAAGCAAGGUUCUAUGUGGACUAAGCUUAAGGCCUUUGAUUGGUUUGGAUCGUUCUUGUUUGUGGCCUCUGUCACCAGUUUUUUGAUUCCUCUUACCUGGGGAGGUGUAAUGUAUACCUGGAGCUCUGUCCGCACACUCGUACCACUACUAGUCGGUGUUGGUGGCCUGAUCGCUUUUCUCGUCUACUCCAUCUUUCAAAAAGGCGACCCGUUAAUUCGACGAUCAUUGUUCAACUCCCCCACAGCAAUAGUCGCUUACUUCGGCACAUUCGUUCAUGGAAUCUGCGUAUGGUCCAUUCUUUUUUACAUGCCUCUAUACUUUGAAGUCGCCAAAAAUUAUACUCCCAUCCAAUCUGGCAUUGGUCUUUUCCCAAUGACCUUCACUACCGCUCCAGCUGCCGUGGUAGUCGGUCUCAUUAUUGCCAAAACCGGUCGUUAUCGUCCUUCAAUCUGGGCAGGAUGGGCUAUCUCUACAUUAGGGCUUGGUCUUCUCAUUCUUCUCAAAGAAUCCACUUCAACAGUAUCCUGGAUCUUUCUCAACCUCGUUCCAGGUAUUGGUCUAGGCACUCUAUUUUCAGCUCAAGGAUUUGCAGCCCAAGCUUCAGUUACCAAUGCUGACCUUCCCUUUGCCGGAGCUAUGUACUCUUUCUUCCGAGCCUUUGGCCAAACAAUCGGCGUGGCAAUAUCUGGAGUCAUCUUCCAAAACACAUUCCAAAACAAGAUUCUCAAAACAUCCUAUGCCGUCUACGCAAACGAAUGGUCAAAAGAUGCAUCUGCAUUUGUGCAGAUUGUGAAAGCAUGGGCAAAUACCGGAACCGAAGGAGAAAUGAAACAAGUGGUCAUUGGAGCUUAUGUCGAGAGCUUAAGAAUGGUAUGGAUCGUCAUGUGUGCAUUAGCUGGACUGGCUUUCGUUACUAGCUUGAUCUUCACUAAAGAGAUUGCUAUGAGUAAAGAGCUGGAAACGGAUCAAGGAUUCGAUUAUGGGUAUGAUGGUAGGAAGGGGAGGGAAAGCAGUAGAACUAUCGUUCCUAUUACCCCGCAACAUAAUGGGGAUACGAUAGUUUGAUGUUUGGAUCUAAUGACGUAAUGAUAUAUGAUACAUGAUAUAUGACAUGCUUGGGAUUGGGAUGCAACGUUGGGGAAAGUAGGAAACAUGUCUGAUAUACGUAGACGUGGUAAUGUAAUGGGACGACCAAAGAAGAUAUCCUCGUCCAUAUCUGCCUCGCAGGUUAUAUUAUAAUAAUAGUUUUUUAUUUUUUUCGAUCUAGCCA